AUGCCCCCAGACCCUGAGGUCCCGGUGCAGGUGUGGGUGGAUGGUCAACUCUUCCAGGCGGAGCAGUCGCUGCUGGUGGAGCACUGCGGCUUCUUCCGCGGGCUUUUCCGCUCUGGCAUGCGGGAGGCGCGCGCCGCCGAGGUGCGCCUGGGCGCGCUGAGCGCUACGGGCUUCCGCACAGCUCUGCGGGUGCUCCGCGGAGAGAGGCCGGCGCUGGCGGCCGAUGACGAGCUGCUGCAGGCUGUGGAGUGCGCCGCGUUCCUGCAGGCGCCCGCGCUCGCACGCUUCCUGGAGCACAGCGUCACGUCGGACAACUGCUCAUUGCUGUGCGACGCGGCCGCCGCCUUCGGCCUGCACGACGUGCUCCACAGCGCUGCGCUCUUCAUCCGCGACGGAUCGCACGAGCUGGUGGCACAGCUGGAGCUGCCCGAGGCCCGAGCCUACGUGGCGGCGCUGCGACCCAGCACCUACGUGGCGGUGAGCACGCACACGCCCACACCCGGCUUUCUAGAGGAUGCGUCGCGCACCAUGUGCUUCCUGGACGAGGAGGACGACGCGUGGCGCACGCUGGCCGCGCUGCCCCUAGAGGCCAGCACGCUUCUGGCGGGUGUGGCCACCCUGGGCAACAAGCUGUACAUCGUGGGUGGCGUGUGUGGCGCCAGCAAGGAAGUAGUAGAGCUGGGCUUCUGUUACGACCCGGAAGGUGGCACCUGGUGCGAGUUCCCCAGCCCGCACCAACCGCGCUAUGAUAUGGCGCUGGCUGGCUUCGAAGGCCGCCUCUAUGCCAUCGGUGGCGAAUUCCAGAGGACACCCAUAAGCUCCGUGGAGUGCUAUGACCCGGCCACAGGUUGCUGGAGUUUCGUGGCGGACUUGCCACAGCCAGCUACAGGGGUUCCCUGCGCCCAGGCGCGUGGCCGCCUCUUCGUGUGCCUGUGGAGGCCGGCAGAUGUCACUGCUGUCGUGGAGUACGUGGUACAGAUGGACAAGUGGCUGCCGGUGGCUGAACUGUGUCGUUCGCAGAGCUACGGUCACUUUAUGGUGGCCCAUCGUGACAGCCUCUAUGUAGUACGGAAUGGACCUUCCGAUGACUUCCUGCACUGUGCCAUCGAUUGCCUCAACCUGGUCACAGGACAGUGGACAUCGCUACCUGGCCAAUUUGUCAACAGCAAGGGAGCACUCUUCACGUCUGUAGUGCGUGGGGACACCGUUUAUACCGUCAACCGUGUAUCCACGUUAGUCUAUGCCAUUGAAGAUGGCACCUGGAGGCUGCUCAGGGAAAAGGCUGGGUUUCCUCGGCCUGGCUCUUUACAGACUUUUCUUCUGCGACUGCCUCCUGGCACUACUGGACCUGUGGCCACCGCGCUGCCAGAGUUGUGA